AUAUGACCACGGAUUGGUCCAAACGAAGAAUGAAGUCGAGCGCAGGCCAAUCGCUGGGGAUCUUUACUGACGGUUCGAAAAACCGGUUUGACGCUGUACCAGUUUCUGGCGUUUUCCUUCCUAAAUUCUUUAGCUGCGAAUUUUCAUCGUAAAGUUCGAACUCGACUAUUUUCUCUGUGUAAUUUUGAUCGAAGUCGAAACUUUCGGAUAAUAGCUUUUAUAGAUGAUAACCGGAAAAACAUCGCUACUUCGGAUAAACGUUACCGACGGUCAGACGAGCCGUGACCGUCGCGAUACGGCACUUAGCGGCGCGUGCAUCAAAAAUGAAGUUUGAUUGGAUGUUGUUGCUCUUCGCGCAGAGCUCUUCGAAACUGCGAACUUAUUCCACGCAUUUGCAUCGAAGGUAUGUGUGCGCGUGUGUAACGCGUGUGAAUGUAUAUAGAACUGUAAAAGUCGUGCGCUGUUCGCAAGUUCUCGAGAGAACUACUUCCACAAAGAUGUCCCCUCCAAUGGAAAGGAUCCAAAUCUUGGAAGCGAUUGAAAAAGACAUUAUUACCUGUCUGCAAAGCGCAGGCCAAGCUUUUAUGGAAUUGAGCAAAGACAAACCUAACUCAAAGCAAGCAGAAGGUCAGACGCAUCAGUUCAUUAAGACAUUGGGGCUUGUUGAAUCCAAAUUGAGUGAUCAAAUUAAUUACUUGACACAGGUAUCAACAGGUCAACCCCAUGAAGGCUCUGGCUACGAAAGUCAAAAGGUCUUGCAAAUGGCUUGGCACAGAUUACAGCACGUACGGAGUAGAGUUGACGAGCUGGAGCGUCUUAAGAACAAGCAUAUGCAUUCGCGCAGCCUCGCGGCUCUAGGACGGCCUCAGCAGCCGCAGCAGCAGCAGCAACAACAGCAGCAGCAACAGCAACAGCAGCAGAUGGCCUCAAACAACGUAUCUGCACAACAGCCUCAGACUAACUCUACGACCUCGUAGUUUGUGCUUGUAAGACAAUAAUUUUGGAAUGCAGACUGAACUUCACCGAUGGCGCAAUCUCUUAUUAUCUUAGUUUAUUUAAAUUUUUUGCUUUCUUUUUUUUCUUCUUAUACUUUUGUAAAAUCUUAAAGGUAUAAAAGACCUCUUGAUGAAGUCAUCAAAAUACUUUACGGGUUAGUAGAUUCAUUUAUCGGUGAUUCUUGGAAGUCUUAAACUAUUGUUUUGUUUUUUUCUAUUUUGUUGUGGUAAAUUCAACUCCUUAUGCUCGUGUGAACUCUAUUGAACUGUGCAAUACACUUACGUUUUUAUUUAACUUUUGAUUUUAGUAUUUUGAAUAUUUUGAAGAAGAUUCUUUGAACUAUUAUUAUAUAUUAAAUCUAAUCUCAUAAAACGAUAAGUUAAGAUUCCUUGACACCGUUGUUAUAUAUUCUUGUUAAGUCAAAAAGUAAAUGAAUCUUGAAUGUUAAAAAGUUCCAAAACGAGAAAUGAUUCUAUAGCUCCUUAGACAAGCGUCCUAAGGCAUACAUUUUUUUGUUUAUCUUUUAACUAUGAAUCAUAAAUCGGCAUUCAUUGAAUGCGUUUUCGUAUAAAAAAAAACGCACGCUCUUCCUCUCAAAUUGGGAGAAAAAAUAUUGCUAAAAAAACAGUUUUAAUAAUCUUUCAUCGUCGUCAUCGCAAAUGACUAAGGCACGGCGCCGUCAAUGACGGCCAUGCUACGUUUGACAGUUGCAGCCAACGACAGACGAGACUUUCGCUCUUCCUCCAGCUGCUUGCACAACUGCGAUACCUGCGACUGCAGAUCCGUCAUUUGGCUCUUCAAGGCUUUAACAGUUUCCGACAGCCACCUGCUAACAGAGACAAGAUGUUUUGUCAUUGGAAGUUGGAUUUGUCGUGUAGGCUUAUUUAGGAUUGAAAUGUAUUCCUAACAGAGGAGAAGAUACAGCUAUUGAAAUUUACCGUUGAAAAAAUAAUCUGUGACUGUUAAUAACAUUAACGAAGACGAUUGUCCUUCAUUUUCAUAAAAGAUAUUGCUUUUUAAUGGGUUUGAUAAAAUUGUUGGGCAAAGCAAUGUCUGAAACGGUUAUAUUUAAUAUAUAAAUAUGAAUAAAUUGAAAAGAAACAAAAUUACAAUAAUUUUAUCAAAUCAUGAAUGUAGCUUUAGUACGAAAAAUGAACCAAGAUACUGUGUAAUCGAACUUAUGAAUUAAUGAUGAUUUUUUUCAAUGAUAACAUUUAAUAGUUUUCUCCAUAUUGGUAUUCAAGUAUUUUUAUAAAUAAAGUGGACUUUUUAUUGUGGGAAAACCUCUUUUUAAAUGUAUUAUACAAAAUGUAUUGUAAUUUAUAAGGAAAUAUUUUCCUCAAAGUUAGCAAUGUAAAUGGUGAAUUUAUAAUAUUUAAUAAAAGUUUAUUAAUUUAACCA